AUGAUGUCCUGUGGGAACUUUGCUAUGAUGAUUUCGCAGAAUAUGGAGUCACAGGAGUUUCUGAGCGAGUUGGCAAUGAGUUUUGGCAGAAGGCGUGCUGCCCUCACUUUUCCAAUGACAGACGAAUUCGAGCAACCUAUAAUAGAUUUCACGGAUUUCAAGGACGACGUCGCUCUUCUAUCGCCGAUUCAUCAGAACAUAUUCCGGCCCACAAGUCUGCAACAGGUUGUCGAUGAAACACAUUUUUCUAAAAAUGAGAUACGAGCGAUCUACAGGGCGUUUAAAGAGACAUCUCCUAACGCAGUUAUAAACAAAAGUAUUCUGAGAGAAAAAUUUGCGGAACUCUUCCCCCACGGCGACAUAGAGCACUAUUCCGAUCUAUUGUUCGACACCUUUGACAAUGAUGGUAAUGGAACAAUUAACUUUCAGGAGUUCGUGAAAGCCUUAUCUGUUCUCUGCCGAGGCACCAUAGAUGAAAAGAUUGAUUGGUUAUAUAAACUAUAUGAUCCCAAGGGCAAAGGUGAAAUCACAUGGCAUAGACUGUUCUACGUGAUCACAUCCAUGGAUGACUUGAUGGGAAGAAGGGCACGUCCGCUACCCACUCGAGAGCAGCGAGCACAACAUGCACAUAACAUUUUUCAGAAAUUUGAUAUCGGCAAACGAGGGCGUAUUACUAAAGAAGACUUCUUCACUGUAUGCAAGACGGAUCAACAAAUUAUUGAAUCUAUGUCAUCUUUGUAUACAAUAUUUCCAGGAUAA